AUGACAUAUCCGCAAACUUCAAAUCAAAAUCAAAAUAAGUCCAUGUUCCACGCCACAUUUCUUGAUGGCUUUCGUGGUUUGGCAGCUUUAAGCGUUCUUUGGGCUCACAGCCAGGCCAUGUAUCCACGUUUGGAUUUUAACACAUUCGACUAUAUGGGAUUUUAUGGUGUAAUCAUGUUCUUUGUACUUUCCGCUUUUUUACUUACUUUUCGGUCGCUUUUGGAUUGGGAAAAGUAUUACGAAAAAAGAGAAGAAGAAAAAAAGGCUGAUUCAGUUGUUGUAAAUAGUGAUCAUUUUGAAAAUUUUGUGGACCUUGAAACAAACUUAUCAAACAUUCCACUCUUGUCAUCGACGAAUUCUGAUAAAAUUGUAAUUAACAGUUUUGUGAGCAAAAUUCAUAUCUUUUUGACUGGAUCAAUAUGUGCAAUUUGGUAUAGAGAAAUAAUUCGACUUGGAUUGUUGCCAUUGAGUUUAGAAGAAGAAAAGAAUAUUUUGGCUGAUAAUUUAAAUAAUAUACCUACGCUUAUAAGACCGAGUUUUGUUCAAUUAAUUAUUGGCAAAUUACCAAGUCGACAUCAGUUUGCAAGAUGGUUUUUUGAUCUUGGAUGUUAUUUCUUAGUUUUCAUUAAACUUUGUACAUUGCCUCAUCCAGCUGAAAUAGUUUUUGGUUUACCUCGUUCUUAUGAUAUGUUUUUAGAAAGAAAAAAACUUGGUGGCUUGCUCGACGCAAUAAUGAUUCUUUUUGGGCUCCUCUCACGCAAUGGCUCUUUUGCAAAAGCACUUUCUUGUAACUUUUUACGUUUGUGUGGACAAAUUUCAUUUAGUAUUUAUUUAUUACAUCCACUUGGAAUGAAAUUGGUGAAUGAAUGUGUGCCCUCAAUUGGAUACCAUGCAGCAAAUCAAGAAUCAGACGCAAUUGAUAAGGGUAAUGUGAUAUUGGAUGCG